CGUGUCCUUACAAAUGUUCAUUCCUCACCUUUUAUAGCUAUUUCUAAGUAAUACGUUUCUCUCCUUCCAUAAUGGCGUUAUUAUGGACAAUUAAUGACAUUUAAUGUAACGUUAUAAUUGACAAUCGUAACUGUUUCGGUAUAGAUUCUAUAACGUUUUCCGUAAUUAAUGCUCAUUAAUUAUCAAUAAUAUGUAUCUAUACUCUUUUGCUAUUUAGGUUCAUUCUCCCGAUGCUUCUUCAAAUUAUCAAGAGGUUCGAGCACCCAUUCCUUCUGGUUUUCUUGGAUCUUUGCCUGUGCCUGUUAAAGCUCAUGCCUCUUUAACUAUUCUUCGUCAACUAUCAUUCUUUUGUUGAUCCACGUGUCAUGACACAUCAACACAUAAUUAACUCGAUGUAAUAACUUGAUUUUUCCCAAUACAGAUAGUCCUCCCACUUGCCAUUUAUUCAUCAAUAGAAUAUUUGGGAAGUGGAUCUCAUUAAAGCGGGAAUUUUUGCCGCCAUUAUAUCUUCUCUGGAACUGACGCUUCAUAUGUCACUUCCAUUUAAUGCUCGUGACAUGUGGCAUCUUCCGAUUGGAUCUGCAACUCUUCAGCGUCUUUUAGGGCUUUUUUGCGGCUUCAUCAAUUACGAAGUGACAGUUUCCAUCAUUACACCUUUUCCUUUGACAGUUGCUUCUGAGUAUAAAUAUAGCCUGUCUUUGUCUUUUUCAUAAAAAGUUACUUAUCUUGAAAUAUUCAUUUUUAUUUUCUUCUUCCUCGUACAGUCAUGUCUUCUUCAAACCCUAAUCCUCGAAGAGUCCCCAUUGUUGACGAACUUCCUCUUUCUCCUGUUAGAAGUAGAAGAGGGGGAAGAUUGCGUAGUUUAAGGUCUUCAUCUAGACGGGGUGCUUCUUUACCUCCAGUGAGUUCUAACCCUUCUUCUAGAACUAGGGGUUCUUAUUCACAUAGAUCUUCUUCUAGAGGUAAAGAUUCUAGUGAACCAGUUCAUGAGCCUUUAGUAGAUGAGAUUGUCCCUUCUGAACUAUCUUUUUACACUGAUAGAGAAUCGAUCAGAAACCAAGUUUCUUCUAUGUCUUCUUUAGAUCGUGCCGACUUUUACCCUUCUCAAAUUACUGAAGGUUUAAUCUCUGUUGUUCGUAGGGAUUGCCAUUGGAGACCUUACUUCCCUAUCAUAAUUCCUAAUGCAAACCAAAAAAUUACAUCUUACAUGACCGGAUUUUCUUUUGUGUAUACAUAUCCCUUUACACUGAAUUUCAAACCCCCCAUUGAUCCUGUUAUCAUUGAGUUCUGUCAUUUUUUCAACGUUUGUCUAGGAUAGAUUGGCCUAGGGUUGUUGCUUGUUUAAGGCACUUAACAAGGUUGGCUAAUUUGCCUUUUACUUUUUUCCAUUUGAUCCAUCUCUACUCCCCUAAGCUUUUCCGACAUGGGAUCUUCACUUUAGUGGCGAGAAAUAAGAGAGUGCUAGUUAGCCUUGAGGAUGAUAAGGACCGUGGCUGGUAUGCCAGAUUUGUUGUUGCCCCUACUGUUGGUUUAGUAGGUGAAGAAAAUGUACCAUUCCCCGAAAAGUGGAAUUUUGCACAUAAGUUUUACUUUUGCAUUUUCCCUUUUUUUUUUUAUUUUGAAAGGAUUUAUUUUACCCGUAGUUGUUUAACUUUCUCUCUCUCUCUCUCUCUCUCUCUCUUUUAGCAACCAUGGGAACUGUUGAUGAGAUUCCCAAUUUUCGUAAUUGGGUAGAGAAGUUACUGACUGUUGCUCCGAUGGAAGGUAGAUCUUGGAAAAAUCUUUCACACAUAUUUGGUUGGAAGGUUAAAACUCAUGGUAAAUGCUUUACCCCCCUCCUUUUCAUAUUUUCAUUCAUCUUUUCCUUAGAAAUUAUUUGACCCUUCUUUUUAUCAGGGUUUCCUAUACGUUGUGUAAAUGCUGAAGUAGUUGCGGCUUCCAAAGUUUCUUUGGAAAGAGCUUAAGAUAUAAUCUUGAGUUCUUCAUCGAAAAGGAAGGCUGAUGCAACCUAAGAUUCUGAGGAGUAACAGGAUGGAAGCUCCUUGGUUAACAGGCCACGGGCCAGAAGACGCGUCUUUUCAGAUGAUGAAGCAAAUCCACCCCAUUCUGUUCCCAUAACCUAGCCUGUUAAAGCCACUUUGGUGAGAUCUGAUGAUGAUACUCCUACGGCAGCUCGUGACUUUGAUUAUAAGCUUUUCUCUCGUGGGUUUGGUAGUGAGAAUUUGGAUUUAGUUUUUGAUGAAGUACCCCUUGCUUCCUUUACCAUGCCUGUCCCUCUGGUGUGUUCUUUGCCAGUAGUUACCGCUACUGUUUCUUCUCCGCCCCAAGCUGUUAUGACUUCUUCUACAGUUCCCACUACUACCGUUCCUCGUACUAAAAUUGGUUCUUCUAGUGGAAGUGGAGAGAUGAAGCAGAUUACCAUUGAGGUCCCUGCCGAUGGUAAUCUUUUGAAAAAGUCAGGUCAGGCUGACGUAUGGUUGAAACCUUUGAUCGGUCCAGUCGAAAAGUUCAAGCUUGAGAGUCACAGCUCUUUGACUUGGAUGAAUGAUAUAGUGCAAUCGUCACUGAAGAUCAAUCUUAUUGGCACAGAGAUGAUGAAGAGGGUUUCUCAUACGGAGCAGUUAAUGCUUGAUUAUCAAAUUGAACCAGACAAUUGGAAAGAACAAUAAGAAAGUCUGCAACUUAAGAUGGAAGUUCUAGAAGAGAGCAAGUGUACCUUAGAGCAGCAGCUAAGAGUCAUGGCAUCGGAGCUAGCAGUUGAGAAGGCUUAUUCCAAUCAGGCUGGCAAGGAUAAAAAUCUCCUUGAGACAUCUUUUUCCGAGCAACUCUCCAAGGCCAGUGAAGAGAUUAGAGGAUUGAGGGCUUUACUGAACGAAAAAGAAGUUUAUGCAGGUGAACUUGUUCAGACCUAGACCUAGACCCAAGAGGAUCUUCGUGUAUCUUCCGAUAAGGUUAGAUUCUUAGAAAGUUCACUUGCCCCUUUGCAAUCCUUUUAUGAUGCUUCUUUGGCCGAGAAGGAAGAACUCAAAAAUGAGAUUGACCAAUAGGAGAAGGAUUAUGAAGCUCUCGAGGACAAAACUGCUAUUGAAGUGAGUUGGGCUAUCUUAAAUACAUGCCAUGAUACCCUAGUGGAGGCUAGCCAAGAAGGUUUUAAUUUGGAUGUUGAGUUGGCUAAGAUAAAGGAAACCAUUGAGAAAACUCAGCAAGACCAAAGUUUUUCUUCUCCUAUGGCUGAUACUCAUGAGUAUAUUGAAGCUAAUGUAGGCGUGGUGGAUGUCCCAGCUCCUUCAAAUCAAAUCGAGCCUGCUAAUGAUGCUGCUUUAGACUCUUCUUCUGCUCUCCAGUGAAAGUUUAUGAAGUUCCCUUUCUUUUUUUUGGUGGAAUGUGGUUUUACCCCUGGUCCCAUUUGGGGGUUCAGUUUUUGGAAAUGACAAGUCCCCAGACCUUUUUGGGGCAUUUUGUAAAAAUAUGACAAUCAGUUUAUGACUUAGUCUUAAUAUUAUAAAGUUUUUGUUUCAACUUAA